ACAGAAGGUUUUGUCGCGCAAAGAAUGCUGGGAGUUAUUUAGGCUCCAUACUGUGGUCAAGAUGUCUGACAUGGAGGAUGAUUUCAUGUGCGAUGAUGAGGAGGAUUAUGACCUGGAAUACUCAGAGGACAGCAACUCCGAGCCAAAUGUGGACUUGGAAAACCAGUACUAUAAUUCCAAAGCACUGAAGGAGGAUGACCCCAAAGCUGCACUCAGCAGCUUCCAGAAGGUUCUGGAACUUGAAGGAGAAAAGGGUGAAUGGGGAUUCAAGGCAUUGAAACAGAUGAUCAAGAUCAACUUUAAGCUGACUAACUUCCCUGAAAUGAUGAAUCGCUACAAGCAACUCUUGACCUACAUUCGUAGUGCUGUCACUAGAAACUACUCAGAGAAAUCAAUCAACUCCAUAUUGGAUUAUAUCUCCACUUCAAAACAGAUGGAUCUACUUCAAGAAUUUUAUGAAACAACAUUAGAGGCUUUGAAGGAUGCCAAGAAUGACAGGCUUUGGUUCAAGACCAACACAAAGCUUGGGAAAUUGUAUUUGGAGCGAGAAGAGUUCAGCAAGCUGCAGAAAAUUCUUCGACAGCUUCACCAGUCAUGUCAGACGGACGAUGGGGAGGAUGACCUGAAGAAAGGCACUCAACUGCUGGAGAUCUACGCGCUGGAGAUCCAGAUGUACACUGCCCAGAAGAACAACAAGAAGCUGAAGGCCCUGUACGAGCAGUCACUGCACAUCAAGUCUGCCAUUCCACAUCCUCUCAUCAUGGGGGUCAUCCGAGAAUGCGGGGGCAAGAUGCACUUGCGGGAGGGAGAGUUUGAGAAGGCCCACACAGACUUUUUCGAGGCGUUCAAGAACUAUGACGAGUCGGGGAGCCCACGGCGGACCACCUGUCUGAAGUACCUGGUCUUGGCCAACAUGCUGAUGAAGUCCGGCAUCAACCCCUUUGACUCGCAGGAGGCAAAACCAUACAAAAAUGAUCCCGAAAUUCUCGCCAUGACAAAUUUGGUAAGUGCCUACCAGAAUAACGACAUCACAGAGUUUGAGAAGAUCCUGAAGACGAACCAUAGUAACAUAAUGGACGACCCAUUCAUUAGAGAACACAUUGAAGAGCUAUUGCGCAACAUCAGGACACAAGUGCUUAUCAAGUUAAUUAAGCCUUACACAAGAAUACACAUACCUUUUAUCUCUAAGGAGCUGAACAUCGAUGUUGCAGACGUGGAAAGCUUACUCGUUCAGUGUAUAUUAGACAAUACGAUCAAUGGCCGAAUUGACCAGGUCAACCAACUCCUGGAGCUUGACCAUCAGAAGAGAGGCGGCGCCCGCUACACUGCAUUGGACAAAUGGACCAAUCAGCUGAACUCUCUCAACCAAGCGAUCGUCAGCAAGCUGGCUUGACGUGCUUCAUGACGAUCACCUGGCAACCAUGGACAGUCGAGGGCAGAAUACUUACUGUCACGUCAACGUCAUGUCACGUCAUGUCAUGUGACGCCUCCUAGCUGGGUGAUGGUGUGUGAUGAGUGUGUUCUGGCGUAACUGUGCGCGGCUGCUGCUUUCACUGGGGGGAGGGGGGAGAAUCCAACACUGAACCCAAGGCACACCUCCCCCCUCCUCAACCCAAUGAGAAAUAAAACGUCUAGACUCUUUUCCUCCGCCCAGACCCCCCCACCCCACCCCAUUGUCAGUUGCUUUUUUUUUCUUCUUUUUUUUUUUACACAGCAGUGAUAUUUAUUGGGAGAGGCAAACUGAUUUCACAGUACUGACUUGUCAUGGUUCAUUCAUUUUACAAGUUGAAUUCUGUCAUAGGGUUUUUUAUUUUGUUUCUCGCUCUCUCAGCGACGCUCAUCAUUUAUCUCUGUGGCAUAAAUUCUCUGGUUAGCACUUUGGCGCCACCCCACAGCAUGUUCGAAUCUCCAGGGGCCCACGCGGGCUCUGGGCCGCGCGAUCAGAAGCACCGCUGAUGUCUGCCUAAUGCGUGUAAUUCUCGGCACUCCGUGUUUUUUUUUUUUUGUCUUUUUUUUUUUUUUGCUGGGAGGAAACAACAGUGUCUCUCUUGUUACAUUGGAACGCUGUCUCUGUUCUUUUGUUUUGAUGGGAAGAAUAAUAAAAUGAUGCCCAUGAUGCUAUUGAA